AUGGCAAGUCACUGCCUUGAAAGCAAUUUCGGCCCAACUCUGGUGAUUCCUUCAUGCUCAGAAAUCAAAGUUUCUAAAAAGAAAAUACGUGUAAGUCUUGGCACAUUUGAUACCCCGGAGGAAGCUGCCAGAGCCUAUGAUGCAGCAGUAAGGGACUUUCGCGGUACAACGGCCAAAACCAAUUUUCCUGAGACGCCGUUAAAUCUCAGCAACGGCGAUGGGUCCUCCGUUACUAGUACUGCUGCGAGUUUCACGGAUCUCAAACAAAACAAUCAAUCUCGCCGUAAUCCUAUUACCGGAGUUUCUGCUCCGUCGGCGACGCGUGAUUAUCCUUAUUUGGAGGAUUUAACUGUGGCGGAAGUGAGUAACUGUGAACCGAGUAGUCAAAAAGGGACGGUGGCAUUCUUAGGUGGGGGUGAUAGUGUGAGUGGGGGUCCGACACAGAGUGAGUCAGAGUCAUCGUCGAUGUUCAGCUACAGCUUUAACGAUGCUAAGAAACCGACCAUUACUUCAAAGUGUCUCUAUUUGGACCUUAACUUUCCACUGCCGGAGCACAUCUGA